UGCUCAAGGAUACUCAAUCCACCGAUCCGGAUCUACAAGAUCUUUCUCCAAAGCGUGAAUCCCUCUGCAUGACAAUAAGGGAAUUUUAUGAUUUCCAUAAUGUUGGCGAUGCCUACUAUGGUGCCAAAAAAAAGAAGUACAACAUUAGCAUGGCCAAAGCUGAGAACAAGUCAUUCGUGGUACCCUCUAUCCCCCGAUCUAUCCCAACACAACUCAAGCGCAAGGCAUCAAGUGCACGGACCUUUAGCAAAGAAACGAACACCAUGCCAUCAGAGUCGUGGAGCCCUUUUGAAGUGUACAAGACGUGCAUAAUCUUUGGUACAGAAGAAAACGAUGGCAAAAAAAUCAUUGAUAUAACAGAGGAGACUUCUGAUAAGAAGACUUUGAUUUAUUAUUACGGUGACAUCGAGCUCGGCCGUGGCCGAACAAAGGUGGUCCACAAGUUACGCUGGGACCUUGAUGGUCCAUAUUCCACCGCAAAAGAAUAUUAUCAAGGCGAGGUUGAAGGACAACCAGUGACCGCAAGGGAGAACUUCAUCUGGCUACGGGAGGAAUUGAUACGUACGUCAUUUUCAGCCAAAGUCACCGAAGAUUUUGUCAAGAAGACGAAGGAAAUGGACAUCUCCAUACACGAUGUCGUUUUCUUGGUGCCAGUUCUCGUUCAUGAAAAAGAGAAACCGGGCGAUGAUGGGACAUACCGGGCGGGGAGACACCCCGAGGAUGAUUUUGCAGGCCAAACAUGUGACGCUCUCGCACAUUGGUCACUGUCCUCGAGUGAAAAUCGACGUUUAUUGGUUGAUAUACAAGGCGUGGUUGUCACCAAUACCAAUCGACCUCCUCGGGUUUACCUAUUUGAUGUCCAGAUCCACAGCGUCACAAGGGAGUCUGGGCUUGGUGAUGGAGGCCACGAAGGCAUUGUGCGAUUCAUCGAACAACACGUUUGUAACAAGAUUUGCCAACGGCUCGGUCUGCCUGACCUCUCGACCAUUGGUGAUGCUACUGUUGACGAUGAUCCUGUUGACGAUGAUCCUGUUGACGAUGAUCAUGUUGACGAUGAUACUGUCGAUGACAACAUCAACGACGAAUCCGAUGAUGAAUUAGCAGCCUGA